AGCAUUAUGUAUUCGGGCAUUCUCUUGUGGUUUAAAUAUGAAAAUGGCUAUCGACUGCUUCCUUUUGCAGAUGUACAUAUGAUCUCAGAAAACGAUUUGCAUCCAGUUGGUGGUAUGGAUCUCCAAGAGCCCCCAAACAAACAGCUGCAGGCUCUUUUGGGCGAUGAGUGUGAAACUCCGAUUCUUUUUGCGCCAUCAUUACAUAAUGAUAUUGCCAGCCGCUGGAAUGUUAUAUUAAGGAAGGGUUUGGACUUGGACAAAAGGAAGGAGGUUAUAGCUAAGUACGCUCCACCAGAAAACUGUAAAAAUGUUUUGCCUCCUAACCUUAACCUUCAUGUUAAAGGAGCAUUAACAGACUCGAAUGAGAGAAGGGAUGCUCGUCUUUCCAGUUUACAGAGCCAGGUGGGUGCCGGAAUUGCAGCUAUUGGCAAGGUCUUAUCUAGCCUUUAUGAAAAAGGUGAGGAAAGAGAUAAGGAGAAUAUUCAAGCGCUUAGUGAUGCAGGUCGCAUUCUGGCGGACGUUCAUUACCAGGAGACUAUAUCUCGUAGAGAUCUGGUGUUGUUAAACAUCAACAAGGAUUUAAGGGACACGCUUUCAGAAUCCCCUCCCGAUGAAUGGCUUUUUGGUGGUAAUUUGGAGGAGGCAAUUAAGGCCAAGAAGACCAUUGACAUUUCCAGCCAGCAGCUAAGAUCCAAGAAGGGGGUUAGAAAACCGCUUAUCAAGAAUCAGUCUUUAAACUCUGCGCGUCCACUCAGGUUGUCAAAUCGGGGAGCUUACAGGAGUGGACCGCCGCAGCCUCGACAAGCUCCGCGACCAAGGACCCAGUUCCGGAAAAAACCAGAUCACUGGCAGAUGAGAAAGGACAGGCGUCACUAG